AUGGUUGAUUCACAACUAGCACAAUUGGCCGAGAGAGUUUCUUUUAACUCAUCUUCCACUUUGCCCGGACAAUCACAAACCAACCCUUCCGACAUUGUAAAACCCGACUCUUGCAAGGCAAUCACAUUGAGAUCGGGUACAUCUUAUGAGAGUCCCAAGGAAGAGGAUGGUAAGGAAAAGGAGGGAGAAGAAGAGAUGAGUGAUGAUAAGAAAGUUGAAGAAGAGAAGGUUGAUGAGAAAGAGAAGAGUAUGGAGAAAAAGAAGACUAAGGAUGUGGUGACAUCCUCAACUUCUAGUGAGGCUAGAAACCUUCAUGGACCGUUCUUGAAAGACAUUCUCACCAACAAAAGGAAGCUCAAUGAUGAGCUUAUCACUCUUCCCCAUCAAGUGAGUGCACUUGUUCAACACAAAAUUCCCAAGAAGCAAAAGGACCCGGGAAGCUUUACCUUGCCGGUCAAAAUUGGGAACAUGGAAGCUAGGGGUGCCCUAGCCGAUCUCGGAGCAAGUGUUAGUUUAAUCCCUCUAUCCAUUGCUCAAAAGCUUAACAUCGAGAUGAUCCCCACUAGGAAAACCAUUCAAUUGGCCGAUCGAUCGGUGAAGCUACCUUGUGGCGAGCUUGAAGAUGUCCUUAUUCAAGUUGGGCAUAUCUAUGUGCCAUGUGACUUUGUGGUGAUGGAUAUGGAAGAAGAUGUGGAUACACCUUUGAUCUUGGGGCGUGAAGCUCUUAAAACUUUGGGGGCGGUAAUCAAUUGCAAGAAUAAUACCAUUAUACGUGAAGUGGCCGAUGAAAAAAUUGUCUUUGAAUUCUCUUAG